UAUAGACUUUAGUCAACUUUCUGAUCUGUUCCUUGCUCCUCAGCCGUCGUCAUGAAGUUCACAUCUUUGUGCUAUAUCGCGGCCCUCGCACCACUUUUGUCAUCGGCAUGUCUUCUCCCUGAGGAGCGCGCAGGGUUACCGAGGAAGGUACCACUGUUACGCCGCCAAUCUAAUGGCAUUGCAAUCGGGACGGGUGAUCGUUAUAGUGGAGGUACUGUAGCACCGCGGGGUGUGGGAUCACAGACUGUAACGUUGACCUCGCUGUUAAACGUCAACGAGAUUGCCUCCGGCUUGAAAGGUCUCGCAAGCAUUUACGGAAUCUCAACUUUCACGACUCCGUAUACUACCUAUAACGGAGCAACCAUCUCAGGCGGUAAAGUUGGGGGCAAUGGAACAUGCAACAAUGCGUACCGUGUUUACUUAAACUCUGCAAUUCACGCACGAGAGCGAGGUGCCUCAGAUGGUCUACUGUUCUUUAUUGGGGACCUCCUCUACGCCAACAAGAACAACGUCGGCUUGAAUUUUGGCUCUAAGUCCUACACUGCCGCCCAAGUGAAGACAGCCAUGUCAACUGGCAUAAUUUUCAUACCCUUGAGCAACCCCGACGGAGUUGCCUAUGAUCAGUCUUCCAACAGUUGCUGGCGCAAGAACCGCAACCCCGCAUCGUCAAGGGGCUCUGCAUCCUCCAUAGGCGUGGAUUUGAAUCGGAAUUUUGACUUCAUAUGGGAUUUGUCUUGGUGGGCAUCAAGCGUGAGGAGUGAAGUCGCCUCCACUACACCUUCCUCUGAAGUGUUCCACGGUACUGCAGCGUUUUCAGAACCUGAGACGAAAAGUAUCAAAUGGGUCAUGGAUACCUUUAGCAAAGUCCGUUGGUUCAUCGAUCUUCACUCGUAUGCUGGAGACGUCUUGUACAGCUGGGGUAGCGAUGAAAACCAGUCAAAGACCUCCACUAUGAAUUUCAUGAACUCUGCAUACAACAGUGUUCGGGGCAUCUUGAGCGACACUCCAGGCACUAAUGGCGGAUAUGGCGAGUACACCCCAGCAGCUGAGAACACCGACAACAUCAAAGCUGCAACACGUAUUGGUAGUGCCAUGAGCACCGCUGCUGGGCGCACCUAUUCUGUGAUCCCAGCUGCGGACUUGUAUCCAACUUCGGGGGCCAGCGAUGAUUACUCGUACUCACGUCACUUUGCCGAUACUUCCAAGAACCUCAUCCAUGGAUAUACGGUCGAGUUUGGCUUUGGAAACUCAGCUGCCUCGUGCCCGUUCUACCCGACUCAAGCGCAGCACAAUUCGAAUAUUAAGGAGAUUGGAGCCGGGUUCAUGGAGUUGCUCUUAGCGGCCGCAGAGAUUGGUCUUGGUGAUACGACGGGUUGCUAGACAAAGCGAAGAGGUGGAGGGGAAAUUUCGUGGGCUUUGUUAGCUGCACUGUAGGAACACUAUUAUUGAUCUCUGAUCUUAAUAUAUCGUACAAUCUGUCCAUUACUUAAGGGGUUCAACCGUAGUAAUAAUAAAAUGCUGAUAACGGCAAGCGUGGUCUAGGGAGGUUGAUAAGGUUGGCAACUUCGGCUCGAAAUUUCGCAGGAAGGAAUACGGUGGGAAGAGGGUGAGCCGAGGGUGAUUAGCGCCUGAGUAGAAGCG